AUGCAUUGGUCUCCACCUGCACCUGCACCACCACCUCCACCUCCACCUGCACCACCACCUCCACCUGCACCUCCACCACCACCUCCACCUGCACCACCACCACCUGCACCACCACCUCCACCUGCACCACCACCACCACCUCCACCUGCACCACCACCACCUGCACCUCCACCUCCACCUGCACCACCACCACCACCACCACCUCCACCUGCACCACCACCACCACCUCCACCUGCACCACCACCACCACCACCUGCACCUCCACCUCCACCUGCACCACCACCACCACCACCACCACCUGCACCUCCACCUCCACCUCCACCUCCACCACCACCUCCACCACCACCACCACCACCUCCACCACCACCUGCACCUGCACCACCACCUCCACCUGCACCACCACCUCCACCACCACCUGCACCUCCACCACCUCCACCUGCACCACCACCACCUACACCUCCACCACCACCACCUGCACCACCACCUCCACCUGCACCACCACCACCACCUCCACCUCCACCUGCACCACCACCACCACCACCACCUGCACAACCACCUCCACCACCACCUGCACCUCCACCACCACCACCUGCACCACCACCUCCACCUGCACCACCACCACCACCUCCACCUGCACCACCACCACCACCACCUCCACCUGCACCACCACCUCCACCUCCACCUGCACCACCACCACCACCACCUGCACCACCACCUCCACCACCACCUGCACCUCCACCACCACCACCUGCACCACCACCUCCACCUGCACCACAACCACCACCACCACCACCUGCACCACCACCUCCACCUGCACCACCACCACCACCACCUGCACCUGCACCUCCACCUCCACCUGCACCACCACCACCACCUCCACCUGCACCACCACCUCCACCACCACCUGCACCUCCACCACCACCACCACCACCGGCACCACCACCACCACCACCUGCACCACCACCUCCACCACCGCCACCACCACCUGCACCUCCACCUCCACCUCCACCUGCACCACCACCACCACCUCCACCUCCACCUGUACCACCACCUCCACCACCACCUGCACCACCACCUCCACCACCACCUGCACCACCACCUCCACCUCCACCUCCACCACCACCUGCACCACCACCACCUGCACCUCCACCUCCACCUGCACCACCACAACCACCUCCACCUGCACCACCACCUCCACUUGCACCACCACCUCCACCUGCACCACCACCACCACCUCCACCACCACCUGCACCACCACCUGCACCACCACCACCUGCACCUCCACCUCCACCUCCACCACCACCUCCACCUGCACCACCACCACCACCUGCACCUCCACCUGCACCACCACCUCCACCACCACCACCUGCACCUCCACCUCCACCUGCACCACCACCUCCACCUGCACCACCACCACCACCUGCACCUCCACCUCCACCUGCACCACCACCACCUCCAACUGCACCACCACCUCCACCACCACCUGCACCACCACCUCCACCACCACCUGCACCACCACCUCCACCUCCAUUCCGCUGUCUGCCUUUCCCCUUUCUGCCCCACGUCAACCUCUCCUACAAAACGGGCAUCUCCAGUCUGAUCAUUUCGCAGGAGCUGUCCGUGGUGCUGAAUCGUUGCACCGUAAGCCCUGUAUACAGCGCAGGAGCUGUCCGUGGUGCUGAAUCGUUGCACCCCCUGUAUACAGCGCAGGAGCUGUCCGUGGUGCUGAUUUGUUGCAAACCGUACGCCCUGUAUACAGCGCAGGAGCUGUCCGUGGUGCUGAAUCGUUGCACCCGUACCGCCCUGUAUACAGCGCAGGAGCUGCGCAGGAGCUGUCCGUGGGUGCUGGCCGACGUCAUCGUCAGCGCACCUCGCGUUGACCCUUUUUGCUCGGCUGCACAUGUCGUCCGACCCGCCCCGCCCGCUGUCUCGCACAGUCUGAGUAACCUGCAACCUCUUCUUCAAACCUCAUUCUUCAACCCCUUCUUCAACCCCUUCUUCAACCUCUUCUUCAACCUCUUCUUCAACCUCUUCUUCAACCUCUUCUUCAACCUCUUCUGCAACCCCUUCUUCAACCUCUUCUUCAACCUCUUCUUCAUCCUCUUCUUCAACCUCUUCUUCAACCUCUUCUGCAACCCCUUCUUCAACCUCUUCUGCAACCCCUUCUUCAACCUCUUCUUCAACCUCUUCUUCAACCUCUUCUUCAACCUCUUCUUCAACCUCUUCUGCAACCCCUUCUUCAACCUCUUCUUCAACCCCUUCUUCAACCUCUUCUUCAACCUCUUCUUCAACCUCUUCUUCAACCUCUUCUUCAACCUCUUCUGCAACCCCUUCUUCAACCUCUUCUUCAACCUCUUCUUCAACCUCUUCUUCAACCUCUUCUUCCCGAUGCCCCGGCUGCAGCGCGCCAGUAGCCGUCUGCUUAUUGUAUGCGCGGGUCUUAUCUGA